ACGUCCAUCAUAAAUCCUCAGAGUAUGGGCAUUGGUGGAGGCUCUAUAUUCACAAUACGGGAACAAAGUGGCAAAGUGAGAGUAAUCAAUGCCAGAGAGACUGUCCCAAAAGCGUUUAAAACAGACCUUCUUGCCAUGUGUCCAACAACAACACAGCCUAUGGAAGGUGCUCACUGGAUCGGUGUCCCAGGUGAUAUCCGUGGCUAUGAGCGAGCUCAUAAAUUGUAUGGACGUCUGCCUUGGGCCAGUUUAUUUGAGCCCACUAUCAAGAUGGCUAGAGAGGGCGUCCCUGUUCCCUAUGUGCUCUCUCGAUUUUUGCCACUUCUCUUAAAGGAGAAGCCAGAAUCCUCAUUACGUCAGUUAUUCCAGAAUGAGCAAGGUGAGCUUUUGAAAGAGGGAGAAAUAGUGAGAUUUGAGAAACUAGCAGAUACGCUUGAGAUCAUCGCAAAACAUGGGGCAGAUGCUUUAUACGUUGGAGACAUCGCCAAAGAGCUUGUCAGUGAUAUACAAAACGCAGGCGGAACAAUUUCUCUGGAGGACUUGAGGUCAUUCAGGGCAUCUGAAUUUGGUGCCUGGGAGGUGACUCUAGGAGAGUAUGACAUGUACUUUCCUCCACCGCCAGCAGGGGGAGCUACACUUAGCUUCAUACUCAAUACUAUGCUAGGUUUUAUCCUAAGUUCUGCAUCUCUGGAGGGGGACGAGAAGGUCUUAACAUUUCAGCGUUACGUAGAAACCUGUAAAUUUGCCAACGGUCUUAAGAAGUUCAUGAAAGAUCCCCAAUUUUCCUCUCAAACGGAGGCAGUUGAGAUCAUUCAGAAGCAUUUUGCGGAUAAAGUGAGAGCAAAAAUCAGCCCCGACCGCACUUAUGAUGCCAGCUACUACAACAUCACUCCAUACCUGGACUCUCAUGGCACCACUCAUGUGUCCGUGCUCGCUGAGGAUGGUAUGGCAGUAUCUGUGACCAGCACCAUCAACCACAUAUUUGGAUCCAGAAUUUUCUCCCCCAAAACAGGCAUCCUCCUCAACAAUGAACUUGCAGACUUCUGUGGAAAAACAGACCAGAUUCAUGCUGGUCAGUAA